AUGGUCCCCUUCGCCGCUCGCAUGUCUCCCAGUCGGCUUCUCAGCCUCCGGUACGCGUCGACGCGUCACGCCACCCUUCGACAUCCACCGUCGACUUUCAUCCCGCCAUACAAGUUCCUAUGGACGUCGGCACGCCGAGAGUCAAAGUGCUGCUCGGAGAAAAAUAAUGAUGAACCCAGAGUCAUCUCCGCUCCCAUGACGUCCCGAGAGUUUUGGGCGUCAACAUCAGCCUGGAAACGUGCUUCCGUCAACACACUACGGUGCCUCAUUGGCUGUACGAUGGGGGACUUUGCCUCCUUGUGGUUUCUACAGGCUUUCCACCCUAGCCUUGGCAUGGGGACUAUCAUGGCCAUCUCGAUGGCGAGUGGUCUGUCAACGUCGAUGAUGCUCGAAACUACCCUCCUCCGUUACUCUCGUGAUCGCCUCUCAUGGCCUGUUGCUGCAAAGACCGCCGCUGGAAUGAGCUUCAUCUCAAUGCUUACGAUGGAGAUGGUUCAGAACAUCACGGACUAUCACCUCACCGGUGGCAUUGUUGACGUGACAUCGUUGGACUUUUGGAUUGCCGCGGCCAUCUCGAUGGGGGCUGGGUAUCUCGCUCCCCUUCCAUAUAACUACGUCCGAUUGAGGAAGUAUGGCAAGGCUUGUCAUUGA